UCGCUUGGUAGAACUUGGUGGAGAAAGGCCCACCAUUUUUUCGGUCGAAAAAGUUGGACAAGAUUUCGCGUAGGAGAGUCGAUAGAGUAGAAAUCUCACAUUUUUGCGACCGUACUUAAGGUUUCUGGAAAUCGUCGUGGGGACGUGGCGCUGGACGAGAUUUACUGACGGUAGUUUUAGGGUGGGAGGGGUUAAGGUCAUAUUCCUUCAAAAUGUACGGGUUUGUUAACUACGCUUUGGAGUUGUUGGUCCUUCGCAACUUUGGGGAAGAGACUUGGGAUGAGAUAAAGAAGGAAGCCGACGUCGUGAUGGAUGGACAAUUUCUCGUCCGACAGAUUUAUGAGGAUGAAAUCACUUACAACAUUGUCGGGGCUGCUGAAAAAGUUUUGAAAAUACCAGCCAACGCAAUUUUAGAACUGUUUGGCAAAAUGUUUUUCGAUUUCUGCGUGGAAUCCGGGUAUGACCGCAUUCUCCAAGUGUUGGGGGCCACACCGAGAGAUUUCCUUCAGAAUCUCGACGCUUUGCAUGAUCACUUGGCCACAAUCUACCCUGGGAUGCGAGCACCCUCUUUCCGCUGUACGGUCCGACCUGAAGACGGUGCCCUGGUUUUGCACUACUACUCUGACCGACCCGGUUUGGAGUCAAUUGUCAUCGGAAUUGUGAAGGCCGUCGCCAGUAAACUGCACGAGACGGAGGUCGAAGUUUCCGUCAUGGCGGACAAGGAAGUUGCCAAAGAUCACGUACAAUUCCUCAUCACGGAGAAGAAGGUGGGAGCUCAGCUGGAUAAGAUGAAAAUGGCGACGGAUGACAGCUCAGCGUCCAAUUUCUCAUUCCUGUCCCCAGAGCCCAAGAUAAGCCCAGAGACCUUCUCAAAAGCUUUCCCAUUUCAUCUAUUGUUCGACCGAGAUUUGGUCAUUCGACAAGCUGGGACCGCGAUCAGUCGGGUGAUGCCAGAAGUUCUGGAAAAUUGCAGAUUGACGGAUAUCGUGGAAAUGGUGCGACCCCACAUGGAUUUUACCUUUGACCACAUUCUCUCUCACAUCAACACAAUUUACGUAUUACGAACUACAAACCCCGUCAUUGCUGGGGAGUUUAUGACCCCUGAGAUUUUGGCUGCCGACCAUUCCUUGAUGAGACUCAAGGGCGAGAUGUUGUACAUCCCGGAUACGGAUUGUAUGUUGUUUCUGUGCUACCCUUCCGUCAUGAAUUUGGACGAUCUGACAAAGCGAGGACUCUACAUCAGCGACAUCCCAUUGCACGACGCUACUCGUGAUCUCGUCCUGCUAAGUGAGCAGUUCGAAGCUGAAUACAAGCUGACACAAAAUCUGGAGAUUUUGACGGACAAACUACAACAGACGCAUCGUGAACUGGAAGCCGAAAAGGGGAAGACGGACAACCUCCUCUACUCGGUGCUUCCCAUCUCCGUCGCCACCGAGCUGCGACAUCAGCGUCCAGUCCCUGCCAAGAGGUUUGACACGGUCACCCUCCUCUUCUCAGGCAUUGUGGGCUUCACCGACUACUGCGCCAGGAACUCGAACAACCCCAUGAAAAUUGUGCAGCUGCUGAACGCAAUCUACACCACGUUUGAUGUCCUCACGGAUCCGAAGCAGAAUCCCAACGUGUACAAGGUUGAGACCGUGGGUGACAAGUACAUGGCCGUGUCCGGACUACCUGAGACAUGUUCAUCGCAUGCUAAAUGCAUGGCAAAACUAGCUCUCGAUAUGAUGGACCUUGUGGAUCAGAUCACUUUUGAGGAGACGGAAGUGAAAAUUACCAUCGGAAUCCAUUCCGGCGAAGUGGUCACUGGAGUCAUUGGGCAACGCAUGCCACGCUAUUGUCUGUUUGGAAAUACGGUAAAUCUGACGAGCCGAACAGAGACGACAGGAUCGCCAGGUCGGAUCAAUGUCUCAGAGGAUGCGUACAGUUGGUUGCAAACUGAAGAAAAUUUUGACCCCUCAUUCACCUUCGAGUAUCGAGGCCCAGUUCAAAUGAAGGGGAAAGCAGAGCCGAUGAAUGUCUACUUUCUCUUGAGAAAUACCGACAGUCCCAACAACAUUGAGAGUUUGAGCACCGUGACGAUGACGUCGGGAGGAGGGCGAGGAGGGGACAAGGAGAUGCUGGUGGAGGCGUCGGAUGUCAACGUGGACGUCGGAAUGGACAUGACCGUGACAUCCGCCGAAACCGGGCAUGCUGAACAGAUAUGACAAGAAAAGAAGAAGAAACGCAAGUCCAGAGAUUGCGGUUCUUCCUCGUUAUGCUCCCUUCUGUAGACCUCCAUAGCUCGUAGUUGAGGGUCACGUGGUGUCACUUUUUGUUAAGUGGAAGGACCAUCGAUCGACACUCAAUUUGAUGACCACUGAUCUCAAAUCUGAAUCAUAUACCCUGUAAAAUUUUUGAUUGUUAUAUAUAUUCCACAGUCUAACUCCUGAUACAUACAUACUUGAUGAAACCGCACAUAAGUAUUCCUGCUUUUUUGCUUCUUUAAUAUCUUAUUGUUGUUGGUUAAACCUAAUAAAAAAUAAACCAUUGAUUUAA